ACCCACAUAAAAACAUAAAUGCCCCUCCCUCCCCACUCUUGCCGGCUGACACCACUUUGGUCUCAGCCCUUCUGUUUGCAGAUGUAACAAUACAUUUAUAACUUUGGCUUUUUCAUUUCAUUCGGGCUGGUUCCUCUCAGCAUGGACCUAACGGAUCCCUUUAUCUCAGUUGCCCUGGCUUGAAAGUGACUACAUGGUGCAUUGCAGAAGUGAGAACAUGGUGGUUCAGGAAAAGGAGCCUCGGGUUGCAUUUCAUAAAUCAUGAGGGCAAGAAGAGUUGAUUCAGUGAUCUCAAUGGACGCAAUACUGAAUUACAGGUUGGAAGAUACUGAAGAUUACUACACCUUACUGGGAUGUGAUGAACUGUCUUCGGUGGAACAAAUCCUGGCAGAAUUUAAGGUCAGAGCCCUGGAAUGUCAUCCUGACAAGCAUCCUGAAAACUCCAAAGCAGUGGAGACUUUUCAGAAACUGCAGAAGGCAAAGGAAAUUCUGACUAAUGAAGAGAGUCGAGCCCGCUAUGACCACUGGCGAAGGAGCCAGAUCGCGAUGUCAUUCCAGCAGUGGGAAGCUUUGAGUGACUCGAUGAAAACGUCAAUGCACUGGGCUGUCAGAGGUAAAAAAGAUCUAAUGCUGGAAGAACCUGACCAGACUCAUACCAACAAGAUUGAAAAUGAGGAACAGAACGAACAAAGAGAAGUAAAGAAAGAAGAGCUGGGUUCAACCACAGAGAAAAUGGAGCAAAAAGAAUCUGAGUCCUUGGAGAAGUCAUCCUCCCCAGAGAGUCCAGAUUCUUCAAGUUUUUCAGAUGUGAACAGUUGGCACCUUCGUUUCCGCUGGGCUGGGGAUGCUCCUUCAGAACUCCUGAGGAAAUUCAGAAACUAUGAAAUAUGAAAUGUCCCUGCUCAGUAGGAGGGAGAGCGAGUGAGCAAGACCAUCCCCUGUGCUGCCAACAUGCAGUCUUUGUUCAAAUCUUUAAAAUGUCAUGUUUAUAUGUCAUGUUUGUGAAUCGCUGAGUACCGAUUGAUUCCUCCACCCUUGUACCCAUUCUCACAAUGUUUUUUAAAUGAGAGAAAUUUCAGAAGACAGGUUUCUUUUAAUAUUAGAACAAAUUAAGCCUCUUAGAUCCAGAGUGGAUUGUAUUAUGUGUGUUUUCCUAUAAAUGUUAUUUAGAGAAAUCCAUUUUUAAAUCAACCUCUGUAUUUAAAUAUUCAUUGAUAUAUGAUGAUCUCUAUUAGUACUGGAUGUACAAGAAAUGUUUUCUGACUCUGGACUUAAAUUGAAAUGUGAAACUACUUGUCUAAAUCCCAUAGAAUGAAAUAAAUAAUUUUCCCAA